AUGUCGGGUAAGAGAGCUCUCCCUGCUGCCGCCGAGACUGCGAAGAGAUCGAAGCCAUCAUCCGGAGGCUCGCCAGCGACGAAGUGCACCGACCAGUCGAUCUCCUCGGACGUGGCCCUCAGCGGUGACGUGAACAAGGCGUACACUGCCAAGUUCGAGCCGAUGCUCUCCAAGGUCAUCCACGCGUUUGAUGACAUCCAGAGGAAAAGCCCUAUAUCCAUCGAGGCAGGAGGCACCAUGGAUCCGAUUACUCAGUCAAGCGUCGCGCUCGCCAUGAGUACCGAGAGGGGCGUCGUGAGCGGUGCUGGGAACCUGUUCUGGCACAACAUUCGGUGGCGCCCCUCGCCUAACGUGCCGAUCAACGAGACGGGUAUCACAGAGAUCAAGCUGCAUUCUUUCAAGACGCCUCCAGCCAAGCUCAAUUUCAACCUGCACGUCGCCUUCGCCAAUGACAUGGAGUUUACUGGCGCGCUUGGCAACCUGCAUCGCCUAUCCCCGGAAGAACCUGUGCACGCGCUGCUGUGGGGCAUCUCAGACGCCAUCGACCGCAACGCGAAGCCGAACGAAAUGCGAGCCUGGGAGGAGCUGCUACUUAACGUACCUUUCGUCUUCGAGCGUUUCUCCAACACCGACGCGAUCGUGAAACGAUCUAUCGACUUGCGCGAGGAGCUGACUACCCAACUUGACGCAAUCAAGAGAACUCCAUUUGCCAGAUUCCUCGAGAUCGUCAAUAUCAGGGAGGAAAUGGAACGCACGAAAGGCAAGGUCACGACGGACAUGCUCUUCAAUUUCUUCAAGACUGUAAAAUUCUCCAACAAGAGCGAGAAGAUCUCGAGGAACCUCUUGGAUAAUAUCAAUGCGGUAUGGAACAAGUGGAAAGCUGACCCAUCAACCAUGCAGAUUGUGCAGGAAGCAAACACGCUCUACGGCAACGAUUCGCCCUUCAGUGGCAUUCUCCAGAUGUACUUGCUCUGCAACAAGGCCGGGAAGGACACGAAGCUCAUGAAGUGGGUGUUCGCGAGCGCUUUUGAUGCAUUUCGCUCCGGGGCAGCGUCGAGAGACGACAUGACUGCUCAUAAACUUCAAGAUGGUAAGCGCGUGGACGUUGUCGACGUGUUCGUGUUCAAAAAGACUCUUCUGGCGGAACUACUCGGGGACGAGCUGCAGAGGCUCCACUUGCCCGUGAAUCAGGUCAAGUUGCUGCAGAAACACUACGAAUCCCACGACACCUACAGAAGCGCGUGUGGCUUCAACGACCCAGUGGCGGCAAAGUUCGACAAGACGAUCAGCUUGGCUUGGCAGACGGAGAUGGCCAAGGCCACUCUGAAGUACAGCCAGCUCAUCGAGAUGACGAUCUACUCCUGCCACUUCGACGGGGUGCUUCGCCAAUGCCUCAAGAACAGCAAGAGCGCCGAGGACACACUGAGGUAUGGGUCUCUUGGGAUCGAGAUGCAGAAAGUUUACGACGUGAUGGAGGAUGCUGGAGAUGACAGCCGCGGUGAAGCUGCUGACGGCGAUGCAGAUGAGGAGGACGACGGUGGGAACAACUUCGAGGGUGACGAGGAGGCCGACUCGAAGGCGCGGUGGAGAGCAUACGCGACACGCCUGGUCAAAAUGAGAGUGACAUUGAUAGUGGUGCCGAACAGCGAGAAACGUUUCAUCGACCUCCUUCGAGAUGCUGGCAUCAAUUCGGGCACGUACGAGAAGGACGAGUACCAGGGGAUCAUCUACAACAGCAAGACUGAGGGCGAGGCAAAGUCCAAUCCAGCUACUCGUACUCCGAACCACCGCACGGCUUACAUGCAGAAAACGAUUUCUUCUUGCCUUCGUGCCAUUGCGGGACCGCGCUCCGAUGACGAUCCGGAUCAAGUCAGUGUGGGUCCAGACAGGAUGUACUUCUUUUUGGACGCAUUCAAGCACGGCCACUCUACUGGGUUCUUGAACUCGUUCUCCAUCGACGACAGAAAGCUCGACAAAGAUAGCACCAUCUACUACAUCACCUACGAGUGGUCGUCACUCCAAGCUCGCCGCCUGCGCGUCCACGACGACAGCCCGAUCGACACGGUCGAGUUCAUGCACGUGGUCACUGAGACUCCUCUCCAACUUCCGCCCAAACAGAGGUUGACCAAUGAUACGAGCUCCAACCAAUGCAAUUUCAUCGGCCCAGUCGUGACGGAGGACGUGAACGAAUCGUGGCAGCUGACCUACUAUGACAAGAAGAAUCUGCUCGGGGACGCUCGAACACCAAACGGCGGCCCUGCGCCCGGAAAAGCUGAGCCAGCCCGCCGCCACGAUGCAAACUUGGAGCUUGUGGCCUACCACGGUAACGGAUAUCUCUUCUACAGCGAGUUGUUGCACUCUUUCGGCCUGACUUCCAUUGUGCACCUGACCCCCCUUGAUGACAAGUGCGGACUCGCAGCCAUCGCUCACAAGGCAUCGUACAUCGGCGUAUGCUACACCGAGGAGCACGCGACAAGGCUCAUGGAUCGCCUGAUUGACCUGACCUACAACGCCCUUUUCGAUCCCAAAAUGGAGGGUAUCUACGAGCCAUCUGCAGUCGCGGACAUGACGCCACCAGAGGAUGACGACGACAAGCCGAAGCCGAAGACCGACAGGAAGAAGACCACUGAUCCGAACGGCAAGGACAAUCCGAACACCGCGGAGCCCAAGAAGGAGCCCAAGAAGAGGGCCAAGCGGAAGGCGACGAAGCCCACUGCUGAGGAGGGGGACGCAGCUGCGGCGGCGCUGGAGAGUCUCCUGAGUGGGCUGGCUGACCCUGCUCAGGACGGCGAGCUUGAUGAUGGGCUCGGGGAGUCGGCGUGA